AUGGCUGUCAGCAGUGGUCAUAUUUUUUAUCUUUGCCUGUUUGGCUUACUGUUUUUCGUAGAAGAACAUGAGGUAAUCUCAUUUAUUUGUUUAAAUUUUGUAAAAUAUAUAAAACAUCCGCAGCCAAUUUCCGUUCAAAGGGGCAAUGCAGAAUACAGUCUAGAAUCGCUGGAUACCAGAUGUGAUCAUGAUUUCGUGGAAUACUUCCAUAGGGUGCCUGACUCUAAGAUUCUAUAUACUUUUCGUGUCGUUAAAUUGGCCCCAGCUUUUACCAUCACUAUAACAAUUAAAGUGCUCAAGACACAUCGCAUUAUGUACAAGAUAGAAAACUUCAAGGGUUGCGAAUUUCUUAACAAUCCAGUACCUUUCAAAGUAUUCGGCCAAAUUUACAAGCAGCUGGUGGUCAAUGGCAGGUACUUCGAGUGCCUCAUUUAGCCAAGGGUUUACUUUCUAAAAAAUGAGGGUUUGGUGUCCACGAUUUUCAACAUCCAUCCACCUGGACGCUUCCAACUAACGAUGCGGUUAAAAAUACAAAAAUGCUCAUUCGUUAUGGAGCUGUUGUGA